AUGGUUCCCAAUUCUACUCAAUCAAGAGCAUUGCUCACAAUUUUUGUUUUAUUAUAUCAUCCAAAAUAUAUUGAGAAAGCUGUCGAGGAAACAGAAUAUCUGGUAGUUCAUGAUAAAUCAGAGCUUUUGUUACAGCCAGAAGAUUUACUUAUUAAUUGUGAUUGGAAAGACAAAGAGUUCGUAGAACAUAAAUUCUAUAAGGUUUGUAGAUGUGAUUUGAUCGCCAAAUCCAAAUCAGAUCCCAAAAACGAAAAUAUGACCGAUGAAGAAAGACUAUUGAUCAGGAUAGCUAAUGAGCAUGCAGAAUGUAAUGAAGAACCACCCAUUGAAUACUGUGUGAUCACUUUACCAAUCAGCAAGCUGCUGUAUGAGAAAUUGGUACAUUCAUCAUGGCAAUCAGACACUAACUUUACAUUUGACGAACUAUGCAACCUCCUUACUAUGCAGCCACGUUUUUUUGAGAAAGAAAGCCUUGUCAUGUUCUUGAUGGUCAAAAAUCUUCUUAGUGACGAGACAUUGUAUUCACAGCUGAACAGAUUCUUUGAAGAAAGACGAAGUAAGCAAGAAAAUCUGUUUUUGUGUGAUCAAUUGAACUGGUAUGAAAAUAUCUUUGCUGUAUUCUGUGAAAACGGGUAUUUCGUGCUAGAGGAUCAAUUCAAAAAUAUAAUUGUGACUGCAAGCGAUUAUGAACAAAAAUGUAAGAUUCCUAUUCAUGUCAAAUCAAUAGAAUGCUUACCUUUCGCAAUUCCAGUUAAUUACUUGGCAGUUGAUUAUACAUUUCUACAAAACCAGUCUUCAGAGUUACCAAUCGUCUACAAUAGAAUUCUAGGCUUGACAGUUGAUGUUGAUUUCACGAAUUUUUUUGCAAAACCAGAGAACAUAAGAACACCGGAAGAAUCAACUGAGCAGCUAACAC